AUCCAACACCAAACACAAAAGAGUUAUUAAACAAAUAAAAAUAAAAAAUAUAAUUACCUCCGUCGACUACUAUUCGAUUACAAUUCCAUUCAAGUUACAGGUUAUACUCUCUGUUUUUUUCUGUUUCGGAUUUAAAUAUAUAAAUAAUUAUGAGGUUCAAAAGUUACAGAAACAAAUCCACCACUGGCCUCACACGCCCUCUCAUGCCGUCCACGUCCACCACCACCAGCACCGCCACAACCGUCGUUUCCACCCAACGCCUCAAGAACAUCCUCUUAUGUCUGUCCCUCCUCUUCAUCGUCUACCUACUCUUCAACCAACCCACUCCUCAUCCUCCGAUUCUACCCCGUACCCCACUCCCCACCACGCGCCGCCACAUCCUCUUCUCCAUUGCCUCUUCCUCAGCCUCUUGGUCCCGCCGUAAACCCUUUGUCCGCCUCUGGUACUCCCCCGACACCACUCGCGCUUUUGUCUUCCUCGAUAAACCGGUGGUUACCGACUCUAAAACCUCCGUUGACGAUGAUCGCUCAGUCCCGCCGGUUAUUAUCUCCGCCGAUACUUCCCGGUUUCCGUACAAGUUCCGCGGUGGACUCCGGUCGGCGAUUCGCGUGGCGCGUGUGGUUAAGGAGAUCGUCGAUCGUGGCGAGUCCGACGUGCGGUGGUUCGUGUUUGGCGACGAUGAUACUGUAUUUUUCGUCGAUAAUUUGGUGAAGACUCUGUCUAAGUACGAUCACGAACAGUGGUACUAUGUGGGAAGCAACUCGGAGGGCUAUGAUCAGAACGUGAAGAACUCGUUUGAUAUGGCGUUCGGUGGUGGAGGGUUCGCCAUUAGCUCUUCGCUGGCGAAACCUCUGGCUGGCGUUUUCGACUCGUGCUUGAUGAGAUACGCCCAUUUGUAUGGAAGCGAUGCUAGGGUUUUCUCUUGCUUGGCGGAACUGGGCGUUGGAUUAACCCAUGAACCUGGGUUUCAUCAGGUUGAUAUGCGUGGGAAUUUGUUUGGAUUGCUGUCUGCACAUCCAUUAUCACCUUUGGUGUCUCUUCAUCACGUGGAAAGUAUAGAGCCAGUCUUCCCUAACAUGACUAGAACUCAAGCUUUGAGCCGUUUUCUUGAAGCUUCUAAUAUUGAUUCUCUCAGGAUGUGCCAGCGAACUGUCUGCUAUGACAGGUCACGUUCAUUGACUGUUUCUGUAGCAUGGGGUUAUGCCAUCCAGGUAUUUGAAGGCAAUGAGCUUCUUCCAGAUCUUCUUUCGGUGCAGAAAACUUUCACGCCAUGGAGGAGAAGCAUGCAUAUUGAUGCAGUUCAAUAUAUGUUUAACACAAGAGAUUAUCCUAGGGAUGCUUGUAAGAGACCUGUGGUCUUCUUUCUGGAAAGUGUUGUAUCUAAUAGCAAUGCGAUUCAGAGCAGCUACACUAGGCACAUCACUGAAAAUUGCUCCAAAACUAAUAAAGUUAAUAAUUUGGAACAAGUCAGAGUGUUCUCCAAGAAGCUAGAGCUAGAUACUGAACAGAUGAAGGCUAUACGUCGUCAGUGCUGUGACAUUUUGCCGUCUUACAAUGAAUCAAUGCUUAUUAAUAUUAGACAAUGUCGGGUUGAUGAACUAAUUUCUAUGCAUCUCUAGUUCUUUUUUGGGAAUGGUUGCUAUGUGAAAUGUUGAAGUUACAUGCAAAAAUCAGAACUUGAAGCAGCUUUUGGCAUUUCUACUAAAGUUCAUAAGGAAAACUCAGGUAAUUUCUUUUAUUAAAAGAUCAAUUAUAUAACUUUUAGGAAAGAAUAAACUCUGAAAACCAUUGAAACAAGCCCCUUUUUUUAUUUUUUACUUCCUGUGUUCUUCCUGUCUUAGUUUCAUUCUAAAAAUGCUGUAAUUAAAGUAGGCUUCUAAAUCCAAAGUGGCUCAUUCAAAUUGACACAAUUAGCAGCUUUAGUAUUUGCUACACUAGUGGCAACAUGUGGCAGGCCAAUUACAUGAUUCUUGAGGAGUUACUUGUAUGUAAAACCAUGAGAAUGAUUAUAUGUUAGUGGAUUUGUCCGCUAUAUUCCAGAACCAUAACAGGAUUAUUUUGCAACAAAAAGGAACUCACUGGGAAACUUACUUGCUAUGCAAUCAUAGAAAUGGGGCCUUGUAGGGUUUUUUUACCUGCAAGGAUAUAUGUACCUUGAGAAUACUUGUCUAACCAAAUUGAAAAUUCAUGAAAUAGAUGACAUGUACUCAUUUACCUUCUC